GUGACCUCUACGUAAGGAUAGCGGACUUGUGCAGAGAGGCCAGGUGAGAAAAAGGCCCACCUGAGACCUUGGGUGAAGAGACUGACUCCCUGGGUGCAUUGGUUGCAAGGAAUCCUGAAACCAUGGAUCACUUAUACAUCUUUUGAGACAUGCUUUAGAUGCUUUUUUCCUUGGAAAUCCUGAAGCUACCCCCCCCCCACAAUCGAAUGUGUUAUACAACAGACAUAUGGCUAAUGGUGACAGAGUCUACAUAGAACUAUGCUUCGUGGUGUUCUGGGGAAAACCUUUCGACUUGUUGGCUAUACUAUCCAGUAUGGUUGUAUAGCUCAUUGUGCUUUUGAAUAUGUUGGUGGUGUUGUCAUGUGUUCUGGACCAUCAAUGGAGCCUACAAUUAAAAAUUCAGAUGUUGUCUUUGCAGAAAAUCUUAGUCGACAUUUUUAUGGUAUCCAAAGAGGUGACAUUGUGAUUGCAAAGAGUCCAAAUGACCCAAAAGCUAAUAUUUGUAAAAGAGUAAUUGGUUUGGAAGGAGACAAAGUCCUCACAAAUAGUCCAUCAGAUUUCUUCAAAAGCCAUAGUUAUGUGCCAACAGGUCAUGUAUGGUUAGAAGGAGAUAAUCUACAAAAUUCUACAGAUUCAAGGUACUAUGGACCUAUACCCUAUGGAUUAAUAAGAGGACGAAUCUUCUUUAAGAUUUGGCCUCUGAGUGAUUUUGGAUUUCUACGUGAUAGUCCUAAUGGCCACCGGUUUUCUGAUGAUUAGCAAGCAUUUAUUCUUUUGAUAUUGUUAUUAUCUCCUGUUCAAGUGAAUUUAUUAUUGCCACUGAAACCAUGUACCAAUAAACUUAUUUGCUAUUC